UGGAAAAGAGCUCAGUAUGUGUUGGAUAUGUUCUGGAGACGAUGGAAAUGCGAAUAUCUGUGUUCACUACAGACACGAACAAAGUGGAAUAAAAACGAACGAAGCGGAGCUGAGGGAUUUUGUUGACUUCAUGGAGCAAGAGACAACGCUUGAAAAUGAUCCCCUCUACUCUAGAGAAGCCAUCAGUGAAUUGAAGAAUAAAAAGGAUAAUGACGUGAAAAACAAGAAAGAUCCACCCAAACUUAAAACAAACCUGACGGGCGUCACCAGAGAUUGUCUCUACUGUUCGAACAAACAUAAAUUGGAAGAUUGUCGAAAAAUAAUGAAAAUAGAUGUAGAAGGAAACGUCAACUGCUGCUUACUCCUUGGAAAAUCGAGAGUAGCUCCAAUAAAGAUGGUUUCAAUACCAAGGUUGGAGUUGACAGCAGCAACUGUGGCCGUAAAGGUCGGAGUAAUGUUGAAGCAAGAAAUGCCUGCCGUAGACUACGAAUGUUAUUGGACAGACAGCAACGUAGUACUGGGUUAUAUUAAUAACGAAUCAAGACGUUUUCAUAUUUUUGUGGCAAAUAGAAUUCAACAAAUUCAAGAAAAUACUUCGUUGGAUUAAUGGAAUCACGUUCCUUCCCAUGAAAACCCAGCCGAUGAUGCCUCGAGAGGCAUAAGUUUGAAACAUGUAGAGAAUAGUAGUAGAUGGUUCAAGGGACCUCAGUUUCUCUGGGAAGAAAGGGAAGCAUGGCCAGCUGCCUACGAUCCAGCGAAAAACAGUGUCACUGAUGAUCCCGAAUUUAAACGUAGCGUUUCAGUAUUUGUUUCAGCAACUGAUUCUGGAAUCUUAUGUACAUUCGAGAGAAGAAUUUCCAGGCUACAGAAAUGCAUACGGGUCAUGGCCUUGGUCGGUCGAUUUAUCGACAUUCUGAAGAUGAAAAUAAAAGCCCCAAGUCAUGGGAUGACAAGAAGAAGCCAGAAGGCGAGUCCCCCAGUGCUGUGCGUUGAAGAUCUUCAACGAGCCGAAAAA